UCUGUUGGGGAGUUGAGUGCCAGCCCCUGCAACACGCAGCGGCCAUUUGUCUGCAAAAGAGCCAAGCGUGGAGGGCCUCAACAGCUGCCACCAUCAAUCGGCCAACUACGCUGGACUGAGAAAUGCGGCUGGUGGCUGGACGACCCCACCAACGACUUCUGUUCCUGAUGAUCCGCCAGCCCACCAAGACAUGGCAGGAGGCGCAAGCUGACUGCAAAGGCCGCCAAGGGAACCUGCUCAGCAUCGCCGACUCGCUCGAGCAGCGCUUCGUACACGGUAUCGCCAAGGUUCUGAUGGGUGAUGCCUCCCUGUGGUUGGGCGCCAGCGCCUCCAUCGAGCAUGACGGCGGCAAGUGGGCUGACGGAGCCCCCUUCUCUUACCUCCACUCAAGUGCAGGUGUCACUCAAGGGGGGAAAUGUCUUUUCUUGCUCACUGGCAGCGGCGACUGGAAGCGUGACGAGUGCGACAACAAGAAAGGCUACAUCUGCAAGAAAAGAGGAAAAGGAAAGACACAUCAGCUGCCGCCACACGACGGCUACAAGGAGGAACUUUUCUGCCUUGACGAUUUGAAAGCCCUCGAAUGUCCCGAUGAAAGAGUCAUCCGCAUACGGUCGGCUUUCCAUGGACGGGAGCGUGGCGACGUCUGUCCGAGUGGCGGCAGCGGAUCACGCGAUGACUGCAGGGUGGAAGGGGCUCUCCGUCACUUCAGAGGAUUGUGUGACAACCAUCAGAGUUGCCCCAUUUACCCCAUUCACCUUACGGAUACGGACUCCUGCCCUGGUGUCUCCAAAUACCUCCGCGUCGUCUACAGCUGUGAGGAGAAAGUGUGUCUUGAUAGUCUGGGCAUCGCGGACGGGAGAAUCCCAGACGACUCUCUUUCAGCCUCUUCCUCUGCGAUCAAUGCCGAACCUCACAAAGCCCGUCUGGGGGGCAGCGGUUGCUGGAAGCCGUCCAAAAUGCUGGGCAGCUGGAUCCAGGUGAACCUUGGUCAGAACUUCAAGGUCACGGGCAUUGUGACCCAGAAGUGUACAUACCAAGGGCAAAGUUCCAGCGUAUUUUCCAUGCAGUUCAGUAUUGACGGAGCGACUUGGUAUCACCACCCUAAGCAGCCUUCUGUGGGGACGUAUAUUCUAACCAGGCCCAUCUUCGCCAAGUACGUCCGCCUCAUGCCGAUGUUCAAGGGCCUACGCUUUGACGUCUUGGGGUGCACGUCUGACGACACCGCUCUCAAGAUCUUAUGCAGCAGCACAGCCGCCAAACUCGCCCUCGACGGUUCAAUGACGGUCCGGUGCCCACCGGGCUGCGCCAAAGCCGACUACAAGGUCUACGGAACACGGCUCUACGAACCGGACUCGAACAUCUGCGCGGCCGCUAUUCACUCGGGAGUCAUUGAGAACCAGAUCGGAGGAGAUGUGACUUUGCUGAAGGAAGAGCCACAGACAGCCUACAACAGCUCCACCUGUAACGGAAUCAACUCGAAAGUAUAUGUUGACGAAUUGGCUCCGUCUCCGUCUUACACUUUUGCUGACACGGAGCCGAGAUGCUUGGGACCUGACUGGGAGGAGUUUGCGGACUUCUGUUACAAACGUUCUAAUGAUACAAAGAAGUGGUACGACGCUCGACACUUCUGCAGGAGUCUCGAUGCCGAGCUGGUGUCUAUCCUCUCCGAGGCUGAGUCGGAUUGGCUGCAGGACCUAUUGAAGUCUGCCCCCGGAGACACGUGGACCGGACUGAAAGACCUGGGCGAUCGCGGCAGAUUCGUGUGGUCGGACCGUCGGAAGGUGACCUUCACCAACUGGGCUCCGGGAAAACCUACCGCCCUGAUGGAGAAUUGCGUGGCCACCUUGAGCGAGUCUGGCAAAUGGAAGAUGAUGUCCUGCAUGCAACUCAACGGCUACGUGUGUAAGAUGCCCACAGUGCGUUAUCCGGUGGAUUUGGAAAGUGCCAAUGGAAGUUGCGAGUAAUCCUAUGAAUGCAAUUGACCUUGCAUGAGCAUUCUGCUUGGUUUACCAUGCAUUUUGAUUGACUGGUUGAUUUACAAUGCAUUCUUAUGAUUGAUUAACCAUGCAUUAGUCGUCUUGUUAGUUACCAUGUGUUAUUAUUCUGUUUAAGUUACCAUGCAUUCUUCUUCUUGACUUAACAUGUGAUAUUGUGAUUUACCAUGCAUCAUUAUUAUUAUUUUGUUCAAUUUACCAUGCAUUAUUAUGAUUGAUUAACCAUGCAUCAGUCUUUUUGUUAGAUUUACCAUGUGGUGUUAUUCGGUUUAAGUUACCAUGGAUUCUUCUUCUUUUUGACUUAACAUGACUUAUGAUUUACCAUGCAUUAUUGUUAUUUUGUUCACUUUACCAUGGAUUCUUAUAAUUGAUUAACCAUGCAUUAGUCGUCUUGUUAGAUUUACCACGUGUUAUUAUUCUGUUUAAGUUACCAUGCAUCUUCUUCUUGACUUAACAUGUGAUAUUAUGAUUUACCAUGCAAUAUUAUUAUUUGGUUCAAUUUACCAUGUUGUUAUUCUCUUAGAUUAACCAUGCAUUUUCAUAAUUGAUAUUUCAUUUACUUGUUAAAUUUACCAUGCAUUAUUAUUCCAUCUGUUGUUUGACCAUGUUUAAUUGACCCCCCAAAAAACAAUAAAAU